AUGAAUUCUAUGAAUCAAGAGUUUCGCUAUUUGGUCAACGAAGCUCCUUUCCUUCAUUGUACCGACACACAAGACGCCUUAUACAUGAUCUUGGUGCGGGAAUUGGAGGAAUUCUGCCCGGCAUGGAUCUAUGGUAAGCCAGCAACCAGAAGAUUUGAGCUGAACUACGAGCAUUUCUAUACUUAUUCAUUCAGCUUCUUUCUUCACUUCCUGUCGACUUUGCAGGAUCAAAAUUGGACAGAAAGCAGCCGACGAUUGAUCGUUUUUUGGCGGUCCAGAGGCCCAAUCACUUGGUUGGUUGAAAAAGAGCCGGGGAACUGA